CCCUGCACAUCCGGACGGCCUGGAGCUCGGCCGGCCGGAACCCACGAGUUGGGGCUCCCCAGCCACACCCCUCGUAGGAUUUAAAGGGGAAGGAGGGGCCGGACGAGCCGUAGCCCGAGCCGAGGGAGCGGGUAUGAGGCGCUGCCCGUGCCGGGGGAGCCUGAGUGAGGCGGAGGCCGGCGCAUUGCCAGCCGAGGCCCGCAUGGGGCUGGAGGUGCUGCGAGGUGGGCGGCGGCGACAGCCCGGACUGCAGCGACCUGGGCCGGGAGCUGGUGGCCCGACGGGACGGCCGGAGGGGGGCGGUCCCCGGGCCUGGAUCGAGGGGUCCAGCCUGCACUCCGAGGUAGAGAGGACCGAUCUCGGGCCUGCGCCGUGUCCGGACGGUCCACAGAUAGAAUCCUGUGGAGACGGACACGCGGAGUGCGAAGCAGCUGGCCUAGGAGUUGCGUCGGAGAAGCCCAGCCAAAAUAAGGAGCUAGACGGGUCCAACCUCCGGGCACAUCCAAAAAGGAACAGCCCCCUGGCUGAGAUGGAGGUGGCCGGUUCCCGGACAGCUGGCUUUCGAACUGAUCUUCACAGAUCUAACCUCCAGUCUCGGCCAAAAAGAGCCAGCCUCUGUACCCAACCAGGGUUUGAUGAGUCCUGGACCGAACUGGACAGAUCCGAGCUGUGGCAGACUAUGCCAGAGAGGGACAAGCCCUGGGUUGAUCACCUCCGGACCCACUAUGGCAUGUCCAAACUCCAAAUUCUCCCAGUCUGCCCCUCACUAGAACCAAGUGCUGAUGCCUCCUGCAAAGAAUUGUCCGCGGAUGGUUCCAGGACACCACAUGACACCGACGGCUUCUGGAUAGAGUCCCAAAGUGAUAACUCCCUUAUAGGACCUAGUACGAAGACAGCCUGCAGACAGCCUGGAAGUGAUGGUUUUUCAGCACAAAACACUGACAGUGCCUUGAUUAAACCUGGCACCGAUGGUCCCUGGGCUGACAGCGUUUUGGGGGAGUCCAAUGGAGAUGAUUCAUUAGAGGAACCUGAGCCUGGCGAAUUGGUGACUAACCUGUGCUCCCACCUGGAGUGCAGCUCCCUGUGUCCUGUGCCCCGCCUUAUCAUCACCCCAGAGACUCCUGAGCCUGAAGCCCAGCCGGUGGGACCCCGAUCCCGGAUUGAGGGGGGAACUGGCGGCUUCUCUUCUGCCUCGUCUUUUGAUGAAUCUGAGGAUGACUUGGUGGCUGGGGGUGGAGGUACCAGCGAUCCUGAGGACAGAUCUGGAAGCAAACCCUGGAAGAAGCUGAAGACAGUUCUGAAGUACUCGCCCUUCGUGGUCUCCUUCCAUAAGCACUACUACCCCUGGGUCCAGCUUUCCGGACAUGCUGGGAACUUCCAGGCUGGUGAGGACGGUCGGAUUCUGAAACGUUUCUGUCAGUGUGAGCAGCGCAGCCUGGAGCUGCUGAUGGGAGACCCCCUGCGGCCUUUCGUGCCUGCUUAUUAUGGCAUGGUGCAGCGGGAUGGCCAGGCCUUCAACCAGAUGGAGGAUCUUUUGGCAGACUUUGAAGGCCCCUCUAUCAUGGACUGCAAGAUGGGCAGCAGGACCUACCUGGAAGAGGAGCUGGUGAAGGCCCGGGAACGACCCAAGCCCCGGAAAGAUAUGUAUGAGAAGAUGUUGGCAGUAGACCCAGGGGCUCCCACCCCAGAGGAGCAUGCUCAGGGUGCAGUCACCAAGCCCCGAUAUAUGCAAUGGAGGGAGACCCUAAGUUCAACUUCCACCCUGGGCUUCCGGAUUGAAGGCAUCAAGAAGGCCGAUGGGACCUGCAACACCAACUUCAAGAAGACACAGGCUCUGGAGCAGGUGACAAAGGUGUUGGAAGACUUUGUGAAUGGGGAUCUUGGAAUCCUAAGAAAGUACGUGGCACGACUGGAAGACCUCCGAGAGACUCUGGAGAAUUCUCCCUUCUUCAAGACCCACGAGGUAGUGGGAAGUUCCCUUCUCUUUGUGCACGACCACACCGGCCUGGCCAAGGUAUGGAUGAUUGACUUCGGCAAGACAGUGGCCCUGCCUGACCACCAGAUGCUCAGUCACAGACUGCCUUGGACUGAGGGCAACCGUGAGGAUGGCUACCUCUGGGGUCUGGACAAUUUGAUCUGCCUCCUUCAGGGGCUGGCCCAGAGCUGAUGUCAUCUGCCACUGCUAGGUACACUUGCAGGAUAGCAUGUGUCUGGCUGGAGGAGCCCUAAGGUGUUGUCCAGCCUGAGGCAGCUGAUGGAAGAUGAGGUGCUUCAGUGUCACUAGAUCAGUGUGGUCUGAGGAGCUUGGGGUCCCUGGCAGCACUGGGCUUCCUUAUGAUAUGGGAAACAAGACAGGUGGAGGCAUAGUUAGAACAUGAACGGGGCUGCGUGACCAGCUAGGGAAGCUUCUAAGGGAGUACCAGAGGCCACAGCGGAAGAACGAACUCUUCUCUGAGUUAGCUCUUUGAGCCCAGAGCCAACAGUUGGCUUUUGUUUCUCAGAGGACCAGGCAUCAUUUGUGAAGACCUGCAGGAGCUACUUGUCCAGCUGGGCCAGUGAGAGCCCCAUCCAAGUGCCGAGAGGAGGGUGUGACAUCCUGAGAUACUUGCUGAUGCUACCUGGAGCCUAAUGCUCCUUGCCCUCCUCCCUGCCAGGACAGGGCAGGAUCUGGUCUGUUCCUUUGUGGACUCUUGAGCUACUGCAGACCCAAACCACAGCCCAUAUCCAUCUGUAACAGCACUGUGACCAUCUUCCUUCCUUGGUGCACCAGCUCCAGCCUCAGGACUUCCUCCUCCUGGUCCUGACACCUAGGCUCUUGUCCCAGCAGAGUCCAGUGACUGGAAGAAGUUUCUGAGGCAGGGGAGGAGGCUUCUCCUUGGGAACCAGACAGCCUUGCUUCACUGUAUGUGCUUUGACCAUAUACAGAAUGAAGUGCCAGUUUACGCAGAAGCACAAGGGGUGGGGCUACUGUCCCUAACCAUGGACUACCUGGUUCUAACCAAAGACUCUAGAACUCUGGGGUGGGGUAGAAACCACUCUGCUCCUGUGCUCCAGCACUGCUCCAGAACCUUGGCUUCCUGGCCCAUACAGACGGGCUUGGUAAGGACAAGUACCUACCUCCUCUCUAAGCUGAAGCCCUAAGGUCUUUCAAGGCCCACACGUCUUCCUUUUCUACUGACUUUAUAUGUAUAUUUAUAUACAAGGUAGUUAGCUGGGGUGGUGGUGUCAGGGAACUGAGGCAAAAUGGCUUUACUGUGCCUCCUGCCUACAGUAGCACCCCAAUAAACAGGACAAAAUCAAUGCUGUGGGUAUUUUCUUGGCAUCUGGGUAAGUGGUAUCUGAGAUUCAUACUCUGGACCUUCAUGCUGGGAUAUCAGUCACCUUGGGAGGGUGAGCAGGCUGAGGAGGUUCACUACUCAUUCAAGACUCAGAAAUGCCAUUAUUGUUUCUUAGGUUAAAAAAAAAGAUUUAUCACUGGGUGGUGGUACAUUCUUUUAUCCCUAGCACUUGGGGGUUGGGGUGGGUGGGAUAGGAGGCGGCAGAGGCAAGUGGACCUCUGAGUUCAAGGCCAGCCUGGUUUAAAAACUAGUUCUAGAAUAGCCAGGGCUGCAGAGAAAUAGUUUUGUAAACGAACACAAAAGAUUUUGUGUGUGUGUAUGCUACAUGUAUUUGGGUGCCUAAGGAGGUAGAAGAGGGCGUUGGACCCCCUGCCCUCAGAGCUAAAGUUUACAGCUCUACCUGCCUGAUUUGGGUUCUGGAUCCAAACUUUGCAAGAGCAGGGAGUGGUUUUAAUUACUGAGCCAUCUCACCAACUUUUUUUUUUUUAAAAGACAGGAUCUCACCGUGUAGUUAAGGUUGUGCCAUCUCCCCAACUUUUUUUUUUUUUCUUUUUAAAGAUAGAAUCUCACUGUGUAGCUCAGGUUGGUCUGGAACUAGAGGUUCACCUCUAGAAUACUGGGGUGACUGUGUGCCGUGACACUGUCAACCGUACAGCUCCCCUAAGAAUGUGACCUUUUGCUGGGAGCUGGGAGCACUGUAGCCACCCAGGCUUGCUUGCCCUUCUGAGCAGCUGUGCUGGGUACCUGUCAUUUUCUGUACAGUACUGAAGAGCUGAUGCCCUAGAAGAGGCAGGCACACUGCCUAUGGUUUACCUAAGAGUCUCACAUAGCUCAAGUUGGCCCUGAACUUGUCAUGUAGUUGAUGAUGAGCUUGAACUGUUGUCUGGCUUUUGUGUUCCAAAUGCCGGGAUUAUAGGCCUCCACCACCAUCCCAGCUUUGGACAGAAUGUAGCAUGGUCAAGGUUAACUUGUACUGCAUAACAUGACAUAAUCUAUCUUUAAAAAAAAAAUAAAAGACCCAAACAAA